UCAUGCUACACUCGCAUGUGCAUGUACACGCAGGAUCACAUGUCACAGAAUACUAGAGUGUGUGUACACUGACGGCUUAUGUCAACAGAAUGUGAACAGAAUAUACAGGCGACUCGUGAGCCCUGCAGCAGUUGGUACAUAUAGGCGGGGACGGUACAGACAUCGACGUCAAUAACAGGCUCACAUCACACACGGAUAUUCACGACUACUGCCGAACGUUUCCGGGCUGGGCUGUCGAGGUACAGUAUUGUGUAUGAGGAAGUGUACAUGUGCUUUUGGUUGUUUGAACAGCGUGCACUGGUCGAUGAGAGGAAUAUAGGCUCACACUACAAGCAGCAUAACGAGUACACUGUACGUGUGGAGGGAGGCUACGUGUGGAGGGAGUCUUAAGUGCUGAGCUACAGUCAUGGCGGAGGGGGAGCCACAACCUUUCCACGUGGUCCCUGAUGACCCGGAUGAACGUCUGAAACAGGUUGUCGAUUUCUGGAACGAGGGGGAGAUGGACUACCCUGCUGAACUAAACCCGACCCUUGAAAAGCAUUUUGACCAGUUGACCGGCAGCAGGGGUAAUCUCAAAGUACUCGUCACUUUAUGUGGAAAAGCUGAGGACCUGAGAUGGUUAUCGGACAAAGGUCACUACGUGGUGGGGGUGGACAUCGCAGAGAAAGCAGCCGUGGACUUCUUCUCUGAACAGAGGCUGGAGUACACAACAGAGGACGUCCCGGCCAUCAAUGGAAAGGUGUUCACUAGCAAGACUGGGCAGUUGAAGUAUUACUGUGGAAACUUCUUCACUUUUUCUCAGGAACUUGAAGGCGUUUUUGACGUCAUCUGGGAUGCCGCGGGAUUUGUCUCCCUUGACAAACGUGACUGGGACAAAUAUCUGUCUGUAUGGCGAACUUUGCUAUCCCCAACGUGUGUUUUCUUCUUUGAGACAAUGGACUACGACAGGAGGAAAUUCAAAGGGCCGCCCUAUUCCAUGGAGCCGGACGAGAUCAAGGGUGUCUUUGGCUCUGAAAUGCCAAAUUUGCAGCUGGUUGAGACCCGGCCUAAUGUGGAAUGUGAAGGUUUCACCUUCAACUUUUACUGUCUUCGGAGACACUGACAGUAAUGCAUCAUUCAACAACUGUGGGUCAUUGUCAGUUGUGUUGUUUAGGUAUUCUAAUAAUAAAGGAUACCCCU